AUGACGAUAUGUCUUGUGGUUCGUGAAUCACUGAAAUCCAAGUAUGGAACACGCCAUGUCCUCGUACUUUCUGGCUUUUCUCCAAGCUUGAGGACCACUGAUUUGGAGAAGCUUUUUGUGGACUCCAAAGAUAGUGGAUUUCUCAUUCGUUGGGUGGAUGAUACAACAGCACUCGCAGUCUUCAAAACCCCUUCUACUAUAUUUGGAACCGCCGUCUCAAAGACCAAAGACAUCAGUGAGAACAGCUCAACGGUCGAUUGCUCACAACAUGGGAUUGAAGCUACCGGCUUCUGGUUCGGGUCUAAAGAGCUAAGAGGCCAAGAAGCUGCUAGGAAAAACUGUAUUGUCUUCAGACAGAAACAAAGGGACGAUGCUUGA